CCGGUUGUUCCAAAUUGCAGGAAAACCCUUGCCCUUUGUUCACCAAUCGAACCUUGCACCAAGAUCGAGUGAAACGUCAUGGCAGAUUGGUAAGACAGAGCACAAGCGAAACGUUGAGGCAUGUCUUUUGUAAGCAAGAUGUGGCGGAGGUGUUAGAAGGGAGUUUCGACUGGUGGGGGAGUUAAUAAGGCCAAUUCUCCAUCUCCUGACAUCUGCUCAUUCCACUUUCAACUUCAUCUUCUCAAUCAUCCCAUAUCACUCCAUCAAGAUGACUUACAACUACACUGUUUUCAAGGGCUCAGAGUCCGGUGCCAUCAAGGAGGCUACCAACACUAAGGAUGCCCUCAAGGGUGACCAGGUCUACCUCAGAGUUACCGCCUCCGGUCUCUGCGGUACUGACUUGCACUACCGCAAGGCUGAUAUGGCCCUCGGCCACGAGGGUGUCGGUAUCGUCGAGGAGACCGGCCCUGCCUGCACCCUUUUGAAGAAGGGUGACCGCGUUGGUUGGGGUUACGAGCACGACUCUUGCUCCCACUGCGAGCAGUGCCUGAAGGGUACCGAGACCUACUGCCCCGAGAGAAAGAUGUACGGUUACGCCGAUGCCGACCAGGGUUCUUUCGCCUCUCACGGUGUCUGGCGUGAGGCUUUCCUCUUCAAGAUCCCCGACAACCUCCCCGACGAGGCUGCUGCCCCUCUUCAGUGCGGUGGUGCCACCGUUUUCCAGGCCCUCCACUUCUACAACACCCAGCCCACUGAGCGCGUCGGUAUCGUCGGUGUUGGUGGUCUCGGUCACUUGGCCAUCCAGUUCGCUACCAAGAUGGGUUGCGACGUUGUCGUCUUCUCUGGUACUGACUCCAAGAAGGAGGAGGCCAAGAGACUCGGUGCCAGCGAGUUCUACGCCACCAAGGGUGUCAAGGAGCUCAAGGACGUCAAGCCCAUCAACCGUCUUCUCGUCACCACCUCCGCCCAGAUCGACUGGAGUGUCUACCUCCCCGUCAUGGCUCCCGGCGGUACCAUCUUCCCUCUCUCCGUUGACGAGGGCGACUUCAAGAUCCCCUACAUGGGCAUGCUCGCCCAGGGUCUUACCGUCCAGGGUUCCAUUGUCGCUCCCCGUUUCGUCCACAAGCGUAUGCUCGAGUUCGCCGCCCACCACCAGAUCAAGCCUAUCACUCAGCACUACGACAUGUCUGUUGAGGGCAUCGAGAAGGCCAUGAAGGACCUCGACGAGGGCAACGUCAGAUACAGAGCUGUCCUGUUCAACAAGAACUAAAAAGUUACGAUUUCAUGUUUUGGAUUGAAUAAUACCCAGCAAGCGAUGUUUGAGUCGUUUGAAGACUAGCAGGGCUAUGUCUUGAGAUCUUUGGUUAUAGAGGAAUGAAAUAAUACCAUUUUCCAUCAUCAGU